CUCCGCUUUCCUCUGUCAGUAAAACCACCCGUGAACACUCUUUCUUAACUCUUUCAUUCUCAUUUCAUUACCAUUCUCAUUUCCACCUAAUCCCAUUCCUUUUCUUUCUCUCUUUAUAAAACCCCAAAACCCCCCAUUUUUAAUAUCAAUUCCAUUCCCAAUUCCUCCCUUCAAAAAUCAUGUCGAAACUUCACCCUCAUCCUUCUCUCCUUCUUCUUCUUCUGCUUCUUUUUCUUCUUCUCAGCUUGAGUUUCACUCAAACACACUGCCAUACUAAACGCCUAAAACCCAAUAACUCAUCCAGAAACAAGAACUUUCUUCCCAACAAUUCAACCAAAACACAAUUCUCAGAACAACAGUUCCUGAAAUGGGUGAAAUUCGUCGGUAGUCUCAGACACUCUGUUUUCAAAACAGCCAAGAACAAGCUUUUUCCUUCUUUCACACUCCAUGUAGCUAAAAAUCCCGCCGCCGGCGACUUCACUUCCAUCCAAGACGCCAUUGAUUCCUUACCUUUCAUUAAUUUAGUCAGAGUCGUCAUCAAAGUUCAUGCAGGUGUAUACACAGAAAAAGUAAACAUUCCACCAUUAAAAUCCUUCAUAACGAUCGAAGGAGCAGGAGCAGAAAAAACAAUCAUUCAAUGGGGAGACACAGCUCAAACACCAGGCUCAAAUGGCCAACCAAUGGGCACAUACAACUCCGCCACAUUCGCCGUAAAUUCCCCAUAUUUCAUAGCCAAAAACAUCACAUUCAAGAACACAACCCCGGUUCCAGCGCCAGGGGCAAUCGGAAAACAAGCAGUAGCAUUCAGAAUAUCAGCAGACACAGCAGCAUUCUUCGGAUGCAGAUUCUUAGGAGCACAAGACACACUAUACGAUCAUUUAGGAAGACAUUAUUACAAAGAUUGUUACAUAGAAGGAUCGGUGGACUUCAUAUUCGGAAACGGGUUGUCUCUGUUCGAGGGAUGUCAUGUUCAUGCAAUAGCACAAUAUACGGGAGCAUUGACGGCACAAGGGAGGAGUAGCUUGUUGGAAGAUACAGGGUUUUCGUUUGUGAAAUGUAAAGUCACGGGUUCGGGAGCUUUGUAUCUGGGAAGAGCAUGGGGGCCAUUCUCAAGAGUGGUGUUUGCUUAUACUUAUAUGGAUAAUAUUAUCAUUCCUAAAGGAUGGUAUAAUUGGGGCGAUCCUAACCGCGAAAUGACGGUUUUUUAUGGACAAUACAAAUGUACGGGAGGAGGAGCAAGCUUUGCUGGUCGAGUUUCAUGGUCGAGAGAACUUACAGACGAAGAGGCCAAGCCUUUUAUUUCUCUUACUUUCAUUGAUGGCUCUGAAUGGAUCAAAAUAUAAACCUUUUUAUUUUUAUUUUUAUUGUUAUUAUUAUUAUACACAUUUUAAUUACUAAUUAAACAAUAAUUCAAAUACAAUAUGAAGUUUAUUAGGUUAAUAAUUCUCUUUGUAUUUAAUUCACUUUAUUUAUAAAUCUAUAAACUUGUGUAUUCACAAAAUUAUAUAAUGUAUCUAAUAUCUUUGUCUUGUAUUUAUUUAAGUUGUAAUGUGACAUUUUUGUCCUUUCCUGGAACCAUUUUUCUUUUCUUACUUUUAUCUUUUUUGAAUUUAUUCAAUCUACUACUUUUGAUGGGUCUGGUUUGAUUAAUAAAUGAAACUGCUUUUUUUUGUUUUUAAAGAAUAAU